CCCCGCCUGCAGCUGAGCCCGCGCCGGGCCGCGCCGGCCCCUUCCCAUGCGGGCGGCGCGGGCCCUGGGAGGGCCGUCCGCAGCCAGCCGCGCAGCAUGCUCUGGGGGGUUGGCUUUGCCUCGUCCAGGCCGUGCGUGGUGGAUUUGAGCUGGAACCAGAGCGUCUCCUUCUUCGGCUGGUGGGCCGGGACCGAGGAGCCCUUCUCCUUUUAUGGGGACAUCAUCGCUUUCCCUUUGCAGGAUUACGGUGGGAUCAUGGCAGGGCUGGGCUCCGAUCCCUGGUGGAAGAAAACACUUUACUUGACCGGGGGAGCUUUGCUGGCCGCAGCUGCGUAUCUGCUCCACGAACUCCUGGUCAUUAGGAAACAGCAAGAGAUUGACUCCAAAGAUGCCAUUAUUUUGCAUCAGUUUGCAAGACCUAACAAUGGUGUUCCCAGUUUAUCUCCUUUCUGUUUGAAAAUGGAAACUUAUUUAAGGAUGGCUGACUUACCCUAUCAGAACUAUUUUGGUGGAAAACUUUCUGCUCAAGGGAAAAUGCCUUGGAUUGAAUAUAAUCAUGAAAAAGUUUCUGGCACAGAAUUCAUAAUUGACUUUCUGGAAGAGAAACUUGGAGUGAAUUUAAACAAACACCUUGGCCCUCAUGAAAGAGCCAUCUCCAGGGCGGUGACAAAGAUGGUGGAGGAGCACUUCUACUGGACAUUAGCUUAUUGCCAGUGGGUGGACAAUCUCAAUGAGACCCGGAAGAUGCUCUCUCUUAGUGGUGGUGGUCCCUUCAGCAACCUGCUGAGGUGGAUCGUGUGCCACAUAACAAAAGGAAUUGUGAAACGCGAGAUGCACGGCCACGGCAUUGGCCGCUUCUCAGAGGAAGAGAUUUACAUGCUGAUGGAGAAGGACAUGCGGUCUUUAGCAGGGCUUUUGGGUGAUAAGAAGUAUAUCAUGGGGCCCAAGCUUUCCACUCUCGACGCUACUGUCUUUGGACACUUGGCACAGGCAAUGUGGACCUUACCUGGGACGAGACCUGAGCGGCUGAUCAAAGGUGAGCUGAUCAACCUCGCCAUGUACUGUGAGAGGAUAAGGAGGAAAUUCUGGCCCGAGUGGCACCACGACGAUGACAACACCAUCUAUGAGUCUGAGGAGAGCAGCGAAGGCAGCAAAGCCCACACACCCCUGCUGGACUUCAGCUUUUACUCAAGGACAGAGACCUUUGAAGACGAGGGAGCAGAGAACAGUUUUUCCAGAACCCCAGACACGGAUUUCACUGGACACUCACUCUUUGAUUCUGACGUGGACAUGGAUGAUUGCACAGACCAUGAGCAGUGCAAGUGACGUGCAGGCUCGCUGUCCCUCUUCUGCUGGAGCUGCCACUCCCUGGGGUCAGUCCAGUUUCCCAGGUAGAAAUCCAUCCAAGCUGGGAGGAGAUCUUCAUGCUUGGCACAGUUCUCACAAGCUAACUGGACUAUUGCAGCCUUAUUUCUUUUUUGUACAAACAAAACAGAACCAUUCAAAUGGCUCCAUUUAAAACAAACAGGCAAAAAAAAAAAAAAAGUCAGCAUGGUUCCUGAAAUCCAUUUUUGUUUUCAUUAGAAAACUAAUAUUGUGAGGUAGACCAGGUGCAAGAGUGGGUUUUCUUCAGCUUGUUUAUAUUGAUCCUCUUCAACCGGAGGGCUUAGUUGCGAGAUGAAUUCUUAAACCUUCUUCAUCCACCAGGGUUUGAAGUGCUGAGAGAUGUCAUCAGAAGAAAUGUAGGAGAUAAAUGUUCUGUGGUGGCUGCUUGUACUUUGUGUGUGUAUAUUGUAUGUUGAGAUAUAAGUCAAAUAAAAUCCAUAGAUAUUCAGUGAACACCUACUAUGUGCAAAGCACUGUGCUAGGUGCUAACCAGUAUAAGUUUAAGUCUAAGCCCUGCCAGUGACUAGCUGUGUAAUGUUGGGCAAGUCCCUUAAUUCUUGUGUGCCUCAUGUUCCCCACCUGUAAAGUGGGGAUAACAAUACUCUCCACCUACCUACCUCACAGGGGUGUUGUGAGGAUUCAUGGAGUCACAUUUGGCGCUUUAAACCUCUUGGAAGAGGUGUGACAUAAACAACAUUUUAUUCUUUAUUGUGCUUCAUAAGUGUGAAGAUAUUAGGACCAGGGAAUUCCACAUCCGGGCAGCAGCAGCCACCAUCCUUCACAAAAGCCGAGCCGAUGAAACACACACAAAGGCACAGUCGGGAUUCAGUCAUCAUUCCUCUUUGUGAACUUGCUGGAACCGAAAUCUUUUGUUGAAGGAAUCUUGGAAAUAUUUUUACAAAUCAUCAACAGCUACAAAUGGUCUUCAAUUAUGUGUGUUUGCAGAAACGUCUUUCUUUCAUUGCCUGAACGUACACAGGAAUGUUGUCCUUUAUUGACUCCUGAGUAUUACGUUGCCCAUGUUUGAUUUACUUGGAGGGAAUAAAGCUCAGCAAUAUGAAGUGCUUAAUGGAGGUAAAGGGGAAAGUAUUUGAUUGAUUUUUGUAAGCAGAAGCUUGCCAACGUGUAAUGUCUUUUUGAAAACAAACCUUGCAAGAGAUAUUGUAAAGGGGAAGUAGGAAGAGGAUCCUGUUGCUACCAGAGCACUUUGGGCGGUGUAGACGCUAUGCAGUUCUAUUAAUGCAGCUUUUCUGGUGUUCUCAGCCAUUGCCCAAUGAGAGGAAGGCAACGCUGAGGACAAAUUUUAAUGUUUCUUAAGGAUCUUCCAUUCGCUCCCCGUAGGCCCCACCCCCUACCCUACCGUUAGAGCCUAUGAACUCUGUAUAUACUGUAUUUACUAAGGCACUCUGUCUGAAGACACAGUUUUUGUUGACUUAAAACAUUUUCCAGUGAAAUUUGGAGUGAAGAUCCUGGGAUGAUGGCCGUGGAUUUGGGCUAAGAGAGUCAGUAUUAAGAUUUUCAACUGCAAACAAAACUGCUUUGUUUCUGACCACAGCUGACUGACUGCGUAAGAAUUAUUCCUUAAAGAGAUACUUCUUAAAAGACAGCAACUUCUUCUGAGAAGUUCCUGUGCUUUACUUGAAAAAGACUCUGAAUAUAGUUUUUGCAAAACAAUCCUAAAGUGCUGUGGAUUCACAGUGAGAUAAAGGGGGAGAGUUUUUGAGGCUGUUUACCAGUUAAGCAACUAUGUAGGGCAUAUAGAACAGGAAGAAAUGUCAAAGUACCCUAAGUUAGAAAUUCUUACUCCAUGGAAAACUCCGUUGUUGGUAUCUUAUUAAAACCAUUCAUUUUUGAAAGGA